AUAACUCAGCCAUUUUAUUAGCGAAAAUGACUUUAUUCUACUAAUCAUAAAGAUAUUGGAACUUUAUAUUUUAUCUUCGGAAUUUGAUCAGGGAUAGUAGGAACAUCUUUAAGUUUACUUAUUCGAACUGAAUUAGGAAAUCCAGGAUUUUUAAUUGGUGACGACCAAAUUUAUAAUACUAUUGUAACAGCUCAUGCUUUUAUUAUAAUUUUUUUUAUAGUUAUACCCAUUAUAAUUGGAGGAUUUGGAAAUUGAUUAGUCCCAUUAAUACUAGGAGCUCCAGAUAUAGCUUUCCCCCGAAUAAAUAAUAUAAGAUUUUGAUUAUUACCCCCUUCUUUAACUCUUCUUAUUUCAAGCAGAAUCGUAGAAAAUGGAGCAGGAACAGGAUGAACAGUGUACCCCCCACUAUCAUCAAAUAUUGCUCAUAGAGGUUCAUCAGUAGAUUUAGCUAUUUUUUCUUUACAUUUAGCUGGAAUUUCUUCAAUUUUAGGAGCAAUUAAUUUUAUUACUACUAUUAUUAAUAUACGUAUUAGAAAUAUAUCUUUUGAUCAAAUACCAUUAUUUGUAUGAUCAGUAGGAAUUACUGCUUUACUUUUACUUCUUUCUUUACCGGUACUUGCAGGUGCUAUUACAAUACUUUUAACAGAUCGAAAUUUAAAUACAUCAUUUUUUGAUCCUGCUGGAGGAGGAGACCCAAUUCUUUAUCAACAUCUAUUUUGAUUUUUUGGACAUCCAGAAGUUUAUAUUUUAAUUUUACCAGGAUUUGGUAUAAUUUCUCAUAUCAUUUCUCAAGAAAGAGGAAAAAAAGAAACUUUUGGUUCAUUAGGAAUAAUUUAUGCAAUAAUAGCAAUUGGUCUUUUAGGAUUUAUUGUAUGAGCUCAUCAUAUAUUCACAGUAGGAAUAGAUAUUGAUACCCGAGCUUAUUUUACAUCUGCAACAAUAAUUAUUGCUGUUCCUACAGGAAUUAAAAUUUUUAGUUGAUUAGCAACACUUUAUGGAACUCAAAUUAAUUAUAGACCUUCAAUAUUAUGAAGAUUAGGAUUUGUAUUUUUAUUUACUGUUGGAGGUUUAACUGGAGUAAUUUUAGCUAAUUCUUCAAUUGAUAUUAUUCUCCAUGACACAUAUUAUGUUGUUGCUCAUUUUCACUAUGUUUUAUCUAUAGGAGCUGUAUUUGCUAUCUUAGGGGGAUUUAUUCAUUGAUACCCUCUUUUUACUGGGUUAAGUUUAAACAACUACUACUUAAAGAUUCAAUUUAUUGUUAUAUUUAUUGGAGUAAAUUUAACUUUUUUCCCUCAACAUUUCUUAGGAUUAGCAGGAAUACCUCGACGAUACUCAGAUUAUCCAGAUAAUUAUUUAUCUUGAAAUAUUGUUUCAUCUUUAGGAUCUUAUAUCUCCUUAAUUGCAACAAUUAUAAUAAUAAUAAUCAUUUGAGAAUCAAUAAUUAAUCCUCGAAUAAUUAUUUUUUCAUUAAAUAUACCUUCAUCUAUUGAAUGAUAUCAAAAUCUUCCACCAGCAGAACAUUCUUAUAACGAAUUACCAAUUAUAAGUAAUUUCUAAUAUGGCAGAUAAUAUGUAAUGGAUUUAAACCCCAUUUAUAAAGGUUUUCCUUUUUUUAGAAAUGGCAACCUGAUCAAAUUUUAAUUUACAAAAUGGAGCUUCACCACUUAUAGAACAAAUAAUUUUUUUUCAUGAUCAUACUUUAAUUAUUUUAUUAAUAAUUACUAUUUUAGUAAUAUAUUUAAUAAUAAAUUUAUUUUUUAAUAAAUUUAUUAAUCGAUUUCUAUUAGAAGGUCAAAUAAUCGAAUUAAUUUGAACUAUUUUACCUGCUAUUACUUUAAUUUUUAUUGCAUUACCAUCUUUACGGUUAUUAUAUUUACUUGAUGAAUUAAAUAAUCCUUUAAUUACCCUAAAAUCUAUUGGUCAUCAAUGAUACUGAAGUUAUGAAUAUUCAGAUUUCAAAAAUAUUGAAUUUGAUUCUUAUAUAAUUAAUGAAAUAGAUAAACUUAAUAAUUUCCGAUUAUUAGAUGUAGAUAACCGAAUUAUUUUACCAAUAAAUAAUCAAAUUCGAAUUUUAGUUACAGCAACAGAUGUAAUUCAUUCCUGAACUAUCCCUUCUUUAGGAGUAAAAGUUGAUGCUAAUCCAGGGCGUUUAAAUCAAACUAAUUUUUUUAUUAACCGACCAGGAAUUUUUUUUGGGCAAUGUUCAGAAAUUUGUGGAGCUAAUCAUAGAUUUAUACCUAUUGUUAUUGAAAGAAUUUCUAUAAAUAACUUUAUUAACUGAAUUAAUAAUUAUUCAU